GGGUGCCAAGAAGCUGGGAUGAGGGAACGUGGGUGUAAAUAGGCAGUGAACACGCUCUCUCUCUUUCCCUCCCUCUCUUCUCUACCUCCCCCUCUCUAUCUAGCUCUCUCUCUCUCUAAACUCCCUUCUCUCUCUGUUUCUUCUCUUUUAUUAUAUCAAUGAACGACUUUCAGAGUAGGACUUAACAUAAGGAACCAAAAGCCUCCGUCGGGACCAAAGCGGCAUCACGUUUCUGAUAUGCGACUUGGCCGCACGCUACAUGUGUUUUCACAUCAAUGUAAAUAUUGGUUUUAGGACGAGAACCCAAUCAGCUCUGGCGCGGCUCAAAAUUUGACCAAGACUCGCACUUUGCCUUUUGAUUUGCCACUACCACCACCAUCGCCGUCUGCUGCUGUUGCAAGCAACCCUCAAGUCGCUGGCCGGUCCGAAAGAAGAUGGCAACUUUGACCAACGGGCAGGUGGACGCCGCGGUGCACGGUGUCGGUGCACAUGUCGGGGUCGGGGUGGUCUCCGCCAGCACCAACGGGCUAGUGAACGGAUUAAGCCACAAUCACAGCCCGGCGGGCUGUCCGGCCACCAUCCCCAUGAAAGAUCACGAUGCCAUCAAACUCUUCAUCGGUCAGAUCCCUCGCAACCUGGACGAGAAGGACCUGCGACCCCUCUUCGAGGAGUUUGGCAAGAUCUACGAGCUCACGGUGCUCAAGGACCGCUUCACGGGCAUGCACAAAGGCUGUGCCUUCCUCACCUACUGUGCCAGGGAGUCAGCACUGAAAGCCCAGAAUGCAUUGCACGAGCAGAAGACCCUGCCAGGGAUGAACAGACCAAUCCAAGUGAAGCCAGCAGACAGCGAGAGUCGAGGAGAAGACAGAAAGCUCUUUGUGGGCAUGCUCAACAAGCAACAGUCCGAAGAUGACGUGCGGCGCCUUUUCGAGUCCUUCGGCGGAAUUGAGGAGUGCACCAUCCUGCGAGGUCCGGAUGGCAACAGCAAAGGCUGCGCAUUUGUAAAAUACUCGUCACACGCUGAAGCUCAGGCGGCCAUCAGUGCACUACACGGCAGCCAGACGAUGCCUGGAGCCUCAUCCAGUCUGGUGGUAAAGUUCGCAGACACAGAUAAGGAGCGCACCAUUCGCCGCAUGCAGCAGAUGGCUGGUCAGAUGGGCAUCUUCAACCCUAUGGCCCUGCAGUUUGGAGCCUACGGAGCCUACGCUCAGGUGCAGCAGCAGGCUGCAUUGAUGGCAUCUGUUGGCCAGGGGGGCUACCUCAGUCCGAUGGCCGCUUUUGCUGCCCAGAUGCAGCACAUGGCCACCAUCAACGGCCUCCCCGGUGCACCGCUCACGCCCACGUCAGGCGGUAGCACUCCUCCAGGCAUCAGCGCCCCCACAGUGACCAGCAUUCCUUCUCCUAUUAGUGUCAAUGGUUUUACUAGCAUGCCGCCCCCUCAAGCAAAUGGACAGCCACCUGCAGAGGCUGUCUUCACCAAUGGGAUACACCAUUACCCUGUAUUGCAAGAAGUGGUUUUUAGGGAGGACUCUGAGAAAAAUGGCCUGGGUGUAGCUCCAAGGAGUUGUUUUGGAGUUCAGGGUGGCUGCUUUCUCUCUUCUCUAUCUGAAGCUCAAAGUCCCACUGCAGCUGAUCCUCUCCAGCAGGCGUACACGGGAGUUCAGCAGUAUGCAGCAGCCUACCCAGCCGCAUACGGCCAGAUCAGCCAGGCCUUCCCCCACCCUCCAACCAUUAUUCCACAGCAGCAACGAGAAGGACCAGAGGGUUGUAACCUGUUCAUCUACCACCUCCCUCAGGAGUUUGGAGAUGGCGAACUGAUGCAGAUGUUCCUGCCAUUCGGUAAUGUCAUCUCCUCCAAAGUGUUUGUGGAUCGAGCGACAAACCAAAGUAAAUGCUUUGGCUUCGUAAGCUUCGAUAACCCAGGCAGUGCCCAAGCUGCCAUCCAGUCAAUGAACGGCUUCCAGAUCGGCAUGAAAAGACUUAAAGUACAGCUGAAGAGGCCAAAAGAUGCAAACCGCCCUUACUAGCCCCGGCCCAUGCCAGCCGCUGCCAUCCUUGGCGGCCGGGGUAGCUGUCGCACAUGGAGAAGACAGGUUUUGUAGAGCUGAAUUAUAUGUUGACUAUUUGCGACCCACUGUCGAAUGCAAACUCAGCAUCUGGAACACUGGGGCUGCUUCAGAAGAAGAGGACAUCGAGGCAGAGAGAAAGCUCCUGUAUGUCAGUUUUGGAAAAUUCCUUUUGGAUGUACUAAAAACUUUGGAACUCAGUGAGAAUUUGUACCACCUCGGUUUGCCCUUGGACCUCGUCUUCAGCACAUACAGAAUACACACACAUCCUUCCACUCAGAACCCUGCUUGAAUGACAGCUACCUUUUUGGACCACAAUAACUUUUACUUGAACAAUGCUGGGGGGAAAGUAAAAGACAAAACAAAAACAAACAACAACAAAAAAACUGAUCAACCCCAAUAAACUCUUAAAGAGAACAAAGGCUGUCAAAAGUCCAACAAGAACAAAACAAACUUUUUAGGAACUGAAAAGAGGAUUGCUGAAGGAGGUGUUUUUUGUCCAGUUUGUGUUUGGGCCAAUUGACGUGAUACGCAAAGGAACAAAUUCCAGAAGAGAGACCGUAAGUAGGGAUUGUGAAAUUUUCAGGACAAAAAUUGGCUUGGAUUUGGGAUGACUGUCUUUAGCUUUGGAGUGCCUGUCCAUUUCCAGGGGAUACCAUUGCCAAGGAGAACCAUAGCAACGGUCUCCAGGGAGUCCUACCUGUCAUUCCUUAGUUGUUUUAGGGACCAAAAGACCAAACAUUUUUAUUGCUGAGGACUUGUAGCUCUAAUAUACUUGGACCACUGCAUCUCUUUCAGUCAGUGUCAACUGGCUCAAGAGUUGUACUAAAAAAUAAGUGUACGACUAAUAUAUAUACAUACACACAAAAACAAACAACACCUGUGUAUAUAUACAUAUUUAUUGCCGUUAGCUUUUGGAAUACAGGCAAAACUAUUUCAGACGACCAAAAUGAGGUCUUUCACUUUGUUAGUUUACAAUCACUCAAAAUGUUUUUUUUUCUAAUCAUUUUGUCUUGGGAGGGAUGGAGAGUGCAUGGGAGGGGCUGCUCCGCAUCACAGCCUUAUCUUUUUUAACUUAACAUCCUAACCUCAUAGAUAGAGUAACAUCAGAAAACCUUUGAGCUAUAUGAACUUUAUAUUUGCAGUACAUAAAUGUGUAUAACAAGCAUUGAAGAAAAUGUAUUCAUAUAUACACCAUAUAUGGAUUAACAGAUAUUAAUCACGAGCAAAUACAUAUGUACUUAUAUGCACAUAUUUGAUAUAUGUGUGUGUGUAUAUAGAUCAGCUUCUGACUAUGUUGAGCUGUAAUUGUUAUUUACAGUAUUUUAACGUGGGGUAAGAUUUUAGCUGGAGCUUGAAACAUUGCUCUGCUUGGGAUGAAUCGCAAAUCUGGCAGCUGCCAAAAACUGCAGGCAUUCCUUUUUCUGAUUACCUAUAUGCCGACAUCCAGUAUACAGCACUGCUAAUGGAUACAUACAGUAUGUGGGACUGCACAUAAUGGUGUAAAUAGUUUCUGAAAAUGCAAAAAAAAAGCCACAUCUCAGUAGCAGGCUUCAAGAAAAAUCAGGCAGAAGUAUUCAAGAGGAAAAGGACAAUUAUCUUCGACUCUAUUCCAAACAUAUCUUAUGCUUUGCACGCGCGAGCACAACGCCCCACACAAAACUUCUUUUUGAAACUUCAACCAAAAUGAAUAUGUCUUGCAAACCUUGCUCUCUCCUGCAUUCAGUAUUUAAAAAAAGUGCAUGUAGCGUAUGGGCUUGUCACCAUGUCAGGGUGUGCCUUGUCACCUGCGGAAUCUGCCAUCAAAACACUGUGCUCUCCCCAAAAUGAAAAGAAUAAAUAUCACACACAUUUCUGCAAGCAGCCAGCGCAAUAUUAUGAUGUCAAAACUCCAGCCAGUUCCAUAUCAGUUGUCAACUGUGUAGAGAGGUUCAGUGCAUGUCCACAGUUGAUGUCUUUGAGCUUUUAAAAUGUAUGUAUACGCACACUUCACGCUUCAGAUAAAAAGUGUGCAUUAUCAAACUUUCCAGCCCAGAUACUAUCAAAGCUGCUGCCAAGGCACCUGUGACGAAGUCAAAAAUGGGCUUAAUGCGAGUUUAUAAGUGUAGACAAUAAAUGGCUUUCAGUAGUUAAGCAGGAACAAUGCUCGGCAUGAAGCAUAUCCUUUAGUGCAGAGGUCCCUUACAGAUCAAUACACAUCCAUUGUGCUAUUACAAUUAAAAAGGUACAAACUGUUAAAGGGAACCACGGAGUUACAGACAUGUAGGCUCUAAUAAGCCACAAUUGUUCUCCGUUACUAAAAUAUGUCAUUCAAAACACAUAAAAUAUUGCCACUGAUUCAAAACUAUCAUUUUUAGUCCAGGUUUUGACCUACAGAUGGCGCCAUGUUUUAUGCGCGCAAUGGACGCUCGGAGUGAUGACGUAGUUUGUCACUGUCACUAGACGAACACUACCGGUGUUCUGCAAUUGAUUCAUACACGGUGAGACGUCCAAGACAUGCGCACAUCGGUUAAAAGCGGCAAGUACUUACUAUCUGUGUUUUUAAUGAGUCUUUUAUUACCUUUUCAUUGCCUCAAGAUACUUUUUGCAUGUGUUUCCCUCUCAUAAUUUUAAGCAUUGUGUUUUUUUGGGGGAGCUUUAAAGCAGAUUGUUGAUCUGUUGACCACAUUAGUUACGUGGUAUAUUUAAACCACCUUUAUUUGAUAAUACUACGUUUAAGUAGCCUGGUACACCAGACUCCCCGCUGUUCCAGCUAUUGAGUCUGGCCACCAUUCAGCGGAUAAAAUUCCAAGGCGGAGCAAGCUACAGCAAACAGACAGCGGAGUGCACUAAUCAGCGACGGGCGGACAUGACGUUAGUAAAGCGACGAGGGACUUGCACGCCGAAGUAAACAUACGAAGAGAGCUGAGUAUAUUCAACAUGGCUAGCGCGAGACAGAUUAUUGUCAAUGACUUGUGUCGAUGUGUUUUUGGUAAUCUAUAACUGAUUUUACCGUGGAUUGAAACAUAUUCUCAGCUCUCGUGUUCGCCAUCUGUGUUGUUGUGGAGACGACUUCCGACGCGGAAGAGUGACGUUGCUCGUUAAGAACACGUCACGCAAAUAAACGAAUCUGAUUGGACGGUUGAUUUUGUUCUUGCUCGAGAGCCGUUAAUGGGCUGGGUCCCAGACUAUUCUUACAGUGUUUGAAAAAUACAGGGAGAACAGUCUGGCCAUGCCAGGCAAACGUUUAAGUAUUUUCUUUAGGCAUUAUUAGCAUGUUCUGGCUGUAUGCAUCGAAACAAAAUAAGCUCAAAGUCCAAGGUAGUACUUUGGGCGUCAAAUUCGCCCCUUGUAGACGUUUCGUUGGUGUAGCACAUUUUGGCAGAACACCGUUUUUUUUCCCCCCACACUCUCCUCACGUCUCAUCCCGUCUUUCCUGUUCGUUUUGCUUUUGCUGCUCGUUUUGUGAUAUAUCCAUAGUGCUGUCAUGCUCAUUCAUGUUCCUAUCUUGUUCAAAUUAACAGGGCUGAACAGAUGACAUGUUUAUGUCGCUAGAGUCAUACUCUGGAAACCCGGCAGCGUGACCCAGUGACGUCACCGCUAAAGGAAUGCGAAAUUUCCGAGUAAACAUCAUGCUCAACUCUUGCAGCUAGAUAAAAAACUAAUAAUACCUGACUGCUGCAGACAGCCGCUACAAACUACGCUCACAUAAUGCUACGUUAGAUAUCACAUGUAUAUAGAACUAGAUGUGACAUGACAGGCUCGGUGGCAUUAGCACAUGUAGAGAAAACUAGUUGCAGAAUGUCAGAAUCGCCGGCGUUGGUAAACAGCCGCCAUCUUAAAGCAGUAGACUUCGCUGGAAGGCUGUUUUUUUUUUUUUUUUUUUUUUUUUACUUAUUUACUAAUUAAAUACUCCUAAUUCGGCAAAAUCUUGACUUGUAUCUAUCUUUAAAUGAUGAAACAGUUUUAAAAGUUUCCCAUGUUGAAAGUAGAUAGAAGGGAAAUUAUGGAAUAACGGGAGCAAUUUUAACAACUUUAAUGGUUGAUUCACAACAUUAAAUAAUUGAAUGUAGUUUUAAACUGCUGAUACAGAAUGGGGACUUGAGUAUUUUAUUUACGGGUUUAACUGUUAACUUGAUACUGAAAUAGUAGUUUAUUUAAGCCUGAGAGGAUUUUUGAAUAAUUUUUGUAACUAAUGUACGAAACAUUAAAAGCAGCUAAUAGCUGGGGGGAGGGUGCAUCAAUAAUGGAUUUAUAAUCGAAUCGUAGCUUCUGUAUCGUAAUCGAAUCAUUAGGUGCCCCAAGAUUCCCACCUCUAGUCACUGCCCUGCGACGUCAACAACGACCUACUAGUUCAACUAAUUUUAAAAAUUGUAUAAAAAAGAAAACAUCAAGAGGGGUUUUAAUAUCAAAUUAUUUUAACUCAUAAUAACGUUUAUCUUUUAAGAACUUCAAGUCUUUCCAUCCGUGGUUCCCUUUAAUCACCAAUCAAUGAAACUAGUGAGAUUGUAGUAAUGACAACUUAUAGUUGGAACUUUUUUAAUGGGGACAGUCAGGGGGAGAAAAGCGGUGACAAUUCUAAGGGCCCUUGACUGUCAGAAUAGUAUUUUCACUCUGUGCCAUAUUUGCUUUAAAGGUGCCCCUUUUGGCUUUUUUUCUUAAAAAAAACUCUGGUAUGAGAAACCUUUCUAAAAUUAUUCUUCAAAAAGCUGUAUAUUUGAAAAUGUACCCACACUAAUAGCCCUUUCGUUUAUUUGAAAAAAAAAAGUUUCUGGUUAUUCUUAUUUUACUCUGGAAGCAGUUCAUAUAUUAACUAAUUGGGUGUUAUUGACGGCGAUAGAAAUCCAAUCCAUUUGAACAGGGAGAACCCAGCUAAAGGCAGUGAGCGGAAAAAUAUUUUGACUUCCGAGGAUGCCUGUGCACGGUGCACGCAUAAUAUCGUCCCGAGCAUGGCAAACAUUGCUAACACCAUUGUGACCAGCACUAACAGCUUAAAAUCAACUGAAUGUGUGGUGAACCUGCUUUGACUGCAAUGCAAAAAAAAAGAUAUGGUCUCGACUUGGAUUUGUUUGAGUUACAGGUGAUUUAUCUUCAUUCGCCCACAACUGUAAGCUACAAGUUUACAUAAGGAAAAAAAAGUCCACUGAAUUUAAAUGCCGUCAGAAAGAGAAGUCUGAAUAUAAAUAUAUAUAUAUAGAUAUGUAAACAUGAACUGAUGAAUAUACUGUAAAUGUUUUCUUUUUUUGCUCUGUUCUCCUCUGUACAUAGGUUUGCAUAUUUUAUAGGACUUUUACUUCUAUCUACAAGGACUGGAUAAAGUACUUUAAAUACUCAAAAAAAUAUAUAUAUGAAUGAAAACAUGAUAAUGCUCAUUAAAACCAGGUACACAAAAAAGUUGCUAGGAUACAGUGCGAAAUGUAGGACCUGACCAAGGCAUUUAUCCAGAAAACAGUCAGGGAGAGCAUUGACCUCAGUUAGAGCUUAGACACGCGUUGACCUAUUUUAUAACAGAAAUACUUUGAUAGGUUCUAUUCAUUUCUGUAUUUAUUUAGAAGUCAUGUCUGAGAUGAUAUGCAUGCUUUCAUGGCAUUAUUUUUCUAUGAGUUGGUACGUGACCAAAUAGUUUUUAUAUGACAUGCAUGGGCCACUGUUGUGGUCCGCAGAUGAUCAUUGUUCCUGUCUUAAGGAUCAUGCCUUCAGCACUUCUUAGAUGGAGAAAACAGCUCCUAUUGACCAAGUGAUGUCAAAGACAGAUUUUAAUAUUUGCUUAUCUGUAUUUAUUUGUCAAUGUAUAUUUAUUUAUUUAUGUAUUUAUUUAUGCCGUUUGACUCAAGAUCUGAGCUCUAUUAUUGCCACCGAGGGGUCUUGCUUAAAAGUGCCACUUUGUAUCACCAUCACAUUACCUCUUCACAUGUUGGAAAUCUCAAAAACAAUUCUGACAAUUCAAUUUCCUCUUUCUGAUAAACAUUUGAAAGCAGUCAGCAACUGUUUCUAAGCCUUUGUACAUUUCUGUUCAUAACUUGUUCAAGCUAGUUGGUUUAAGGGGAACUACGAUGAUUUAGACUACUUAUGCAGUAUAUUGUAAAUAAUAGGACAGUAUCAUGCAUAUCAAACCUGGUUUUCCAGCGUACCCAAAUUUAAAAAAAAAAAAAAAAAAAACUAAAAUACAAUAGAA